AUACUUGUACCAAACUCAUCACCACCAUUAUUCAUUCACCACAACUAACAAAACCUCCUGUUCAAGAUCCACAAUUCUUCUGGGAAUGGCUUCUAAUUCGUUAAUGAGCUCCGGCAUCCCCGGCGUGUGCCGCCCCGCGGUCCUGUCUUCAUCUAAGUCAAGAUUUGCAACUGCUGUGCCUCUUUCAGGUGUUGCCACCAAUGCUUCUAGGAUUUCCAUGACCGCUGAUUGGAUGCCUGGUCAACCACGGCCACCGUAUCUAGACGGGUCUGCACCCGGGGAUUUUGGGUUCGACCCACUUCGUCUUGGUGAAGUUCCGGAGAACCUCGAGAGGUUCAAAGAGUCUGAGCUUAUUCACUGCAGAUGGGCUAUGCUUGCAGUGCCAGGGAUUUUGUUACCAGAAGCCUUAGGAUUGGGCAACUGGGUAAAAGCACAAGAAUGGGCUGCUGUCCCAGGAGGACAAGCUACAUACCUAGGAAACCCUGUUCCUUGGGGUACACUACCCACAAUUUUGGCCAUAGAGUUCAUCUCCAUUGCUUUUGUAGAGCACCAAAGGAGCAUGGAAAAAGACCCAGAAAAGAAGAAGUACCCAGGCGGCGCUUUCGACCCAUUGGGCUACUCAAAAGACCCGAAGGCGUUCGCAGAGUACAAAGUUAAAGAAAUCAAAAACGGACGUCUAGCGUUGUUGGCAUUCGUGGGAUUCUGUGUGCAACAAUCGGCUUACCCUGGUACUGGACCCUUGGAGAACUUGGCAACUCACUUGGCUGACCCAUGGCACAACAACAUUGGAGAUAUCAUCAUUCCUAAAGGGAUUUUCCCAAACUAGAACACACCACCGACCUCAGAAUUCAUAUGUAAAAUCCAUGUAAACCUUCAUCUUGUAAUGAAAUGAACUUAUAUUAGUGUUGAACUGGUUUUGUGAACUUGAAAUUUCAUUUCAACUUUUUUGUUAA